GAAGCUCUUGGUUUCGCCUUGGCAGAAAGAGUAUUGCCUUUACAGAGUGCACUCAACUUUCACCUCUGUGGCUGGACAGCCCUGAUGGCCGCGUUACCAUGAGCUUGCCCCUGAACCCCAAGCCCUUCCUGAACGGGCUGACCGGGAAGCCAGUGAUGGUGAAGCUGAAGUGGGGGAUGGAGUACAAGGGCUACCUGGUGUCUGUCGACAGCUACAUGAACAUGGAGCUUGCAAACACAGAAGAAUACAUCGAUGGUGCAUUGUCAGGACACCUUGGUGAAGUUCUGAUAAGGUGUAACAAUGUCCUGUACAGCAGAGGAGUAGAAGAAGAAGAAGAAGAUGGGGAAAUGAGAGAAUAA